AUGGAGCUACCUGACCCCAGCCGACGCUUCCUGUUGACCUUCAUCACGAUAUCUGCGAUCGCGACGUCGUGCUGGCUGCUCGCUCGACACUGGCCCCAAGCAUCAGAACCUACGUCUGUCGACCCAAAGCCGCAACCUGGGCAUGUCGACCCCAAACCACCCAAGUAUAGUAAAACAUUUCGCGUCCGUGGUGUUCCUCUCGACUGGGAUUCCAACAAAUUGCAACAUUUCCUCGAAGAAGACGACAGUUCCUCCCGUCCAGUCGUAAAGUCCCUCGCCGUUGAGAUCGGCGGUCGCUCCAGCACCGCUACCGUUACCUUUCAGAACGUCCCCGUUCGACUCCAAACGCCUCAAACCAGUCUUGAGGAUCACAAGGUUGAUAUCAUUGCAAUAUCCGGCCUCGGCGGUCACGCUUUCGGGUCAUUCAAGGAGAGAAACGGGGACCACAUGUGGUUACGAGACGCGCUCCCGCACGAUCUCACAUGGGAGACAUCAGACUGUCCAAUGGCCAGGGUGAUGAUCUACGGCUACGAAUCGACUGUUGCAGGAAGCAACAACAUGCAAAAUCUAGAGGACCUCGCAACUUCAUUUCACACCAGUUUGCUCGAACUGCCUCGUGGUCUGACGACUAGACCGAUCAUUCUAGUCGCCCACAGCUUAGGAGGGUUGAUUGUCAAGCAGGCCCUGAUAUCAAUGUCUAGAUCGAAGAAUGAGGCCGAUACAACGCUUGUUCGAGCAGUAUACGGGAUUGUCUUCUUUGGAGUUCCACACGACGGUAUGGAUAUUAGCUCGCUUAUCCCAAUGGUCGGAAACGGACCGAACCGCCCCCUCAUCGAAUCCAUCGACCGUUUUAAUUCUAUGAUCCUCACCAUCUAA